AAAACUUUGCGACUGUCUGGAUAAGUGUUUCCCCGUAGCUGUUCUUAGGCUAAUUCUCCUCCUCCUCUUCUUCCACUGCAAUAUCUCGGAGAGGGGUAAAGAUCAAAAUGGCUGCUGCAAUGAGCAUUUCUUCUUGUUUGGGAUUCCAUCGCAAGUUCAAAUCCCUCUCUCUCUCAAAUCCCGCCUCAACAAUUAACCCUGCCAAGCCUCUCAGCUUCUCUGCUAACGCUUCUGUGUCCCUCUUUUCUCAUGGGAUUGUGGGUUUGACUCCUCUGCAAAGGUCAUCUCGCCCAUCAAUUGUUUGUGAAGCUGCCCCUGCGAAGAAGGCGGAUUCAGCUGCCAAGAGGGCUCGCCAAGCUGAGAAGAGGAGAAUCUAUAACAAAUCCCGCAAGUCCGAGAUAAGGACUCGAAUGAAGAAGGUUUUGGAAGAACUAGAAGUUCUCCGCAAGAAACCUGAUGCCCAGCCUGAUGAAGUAUUACAGAUUGAGAAACUGAUUGCUGAGGCGUACUCAGUUAUUGAUAAAGCCGUAAAAGUAGGAACUCUACACAGGAAUACAGGAGCAAGGAGGAAAUCUAGGCUUGCCAGAAGCAAAAAAGCAGUUGAAAUCCAUCAUGGAUGGUAUAGUCCCGUAGCUGCUGAACCCGCUACUGCUGCUGCACCCACAGCAUGAUACGAACCUUCUCUAUCCCCUUGUCUAGUUGUAGAUUGGACUUGUUUUUUCACUUUAGCUGUUGGAUGAUAAACAUCCUUAUUUUUGUUAAAGCCAUUUGUAAAAUCCCAUGUUACUACUAAGUUCAACUUGUCCUGGCUUCUGAACCUGUUUGAUCUCUUUGCUUAAUGCAUUUGAGGUCAAUUUUGACAUAGCUGCAUGAAAUGAAUCAACUACUAGCCAAAAUGCAUAUUCCAUGUUCGAUGUAACAUUGCCAUAAUCCGUUCCAUCAGCGCCUCUUACUCGAGACUUGGUACAUUAUGUUGUGAUUUCUAGUUCUAUAUUUUUAUUAUCCAGACUUCAAGAAUUAAGUAUGC